GGUUGUCCGGCCAGUGAUUGGUCGCACAGUGAUGACGUCAAAACAAGGCGACCGUUCACAUUAGGGAUUUUGUGAAGCAGCGAUGGCUUCGGAAGACGAGAUCAGUCUUCUGGUCAUUGUGAUAGAUGUUAACCCAAUCUGGUGGGGGCAGCAGGCACAGCGGGAGCCAGAGUUCACAUUAUCAAAGUGUUUGGAUGCUGUGAUGGUGAUGGGGAAUUCUCACCUGGUCAUGAACAGGACUAACAAACUUGCCAUUAUUGCAAGCCACUGCCAAGAGAGUCAUUUCCUGUAUCCCAGUAAACACUGGAAGGCUGGGGAUAUGACUGGAGAUGACUCUGGGUUGGGUAGCGGGGAUGGCAAAUAUGAGCUCCUGUCUGUUGCCAACGACCUCAUUGCCGAGGAGGUCAGGAGACUUAUGGCCAGAACUAAAAUAAGCGGCCACCAGACUGACACCAUGCUGGCAGGAUCUCUCGCCAAAGCGCUGUGUUAUAUUCAUCGACUCACAAAGGAGCUGGAUGCAGCGCAAGACAUGAAAUCAAGGAUAUUGGUGAUCAGGGCUGCUGAGGAUUGUGCGCUGCAGUACAUGAAUUUCAUGAACGUCAUCUUUGCUGCUCAGAAAAAUGGUGUCCUUAUCGAUGCCUGUGUACUGGCCUCUGACUCUGGUCUCCUGCAGCAGGCCUGUGAUAUAACAGGGGGCUUGUACCUAAAAAUCCCACAGAAAGUUGCCCUUGCCCAGUAUUUGCUGUGGGUGUUCCUGUCGGACUCAGACCAGCGUUCCCAGUUGGUCCUGCCUCCCCCAGUGCACGUGGAUUACAGGGCGGCCUGUUUCUGCCAUCGCAGCCUCAUUGAUAUUGGCUACGUCUGCUCCGUCUGUCUGUCGAUAUUCUGCAACUUCAGCCCGAUCUGCACAACAUGCGAAACGGCCUUCAGAAUCCCACUGCCUCAGAUGGUGAAGCCGAAAAAGAAAAAACUUAAACCAGCAACGUGACAUAGUUAAUUAAUUUUAAAAGGAUCAUAUAUAUGACAAUUCUUGCUCUGCGGAACUACAGAAAUUGUUCUUUCGUAUUACUUAACAGUUUUGUUAUAUUUAAACAUAAAUGGCAGAAAAUAAUUGUAUAUUUUGAAUAUUUCGCAUAUGUUGUACAUAAAAAUCUUAGGAACCUUUUUCAUUACGUUUUAAAUCCCGAUAUCUUUUCAGCAUUGUUGGCCAUUACUUUUGAUGAUAAUAAAAGUUGAAGUGAUGCUUUUCAA